ACUCUGAACUGAAAGAGCUGGAUAAAGCUGAGGUAGAAGCAGUCAGUGCACCACAGGCGAGGUGUGCGGUGGAUGUAAAAAGAACAUUCGGGCUUCUUUUAUCCAGUCUUGUCUUGUCACAGGCGUGUGUGUUGAGCCAUGGCGGCGGUCGCUUGUGUCGUUGUCGGCAUCGUGCUCAGUCUUCUCUCUGUUGGACAGUCAGUUCCUCUCCCCACCUGCGAAAGACUGAUCCAACCUCUGGAAAACCCAAGCAGGGACAUGGUUCUUGGUAAAUGGAGAUCCGUGGCAGAGAGUUAUGGGAUUGCCGUGGACAGAGAGCUGUUGCAGAGUUUAGCUGAAAGUGCUCGGAUAGACGUCACUCCUGGCUCCCAGAGCAAUACCCUCACUGUUGUCCAGGUUCAGAAAAUGUUUGGCGUUUGCACUACUUUAACAUCGGGCAUGACUUUUGAUAACAACUCUUACCAUGCGGUCCAUCCUAUCCCUACUACUGACGUCCUAUUGAACACCAGCUGUUCCGACUGUCUCCUGUUCCACCAAAAAAGCGCCGCUGGAACAGCUCAAUUUACUACGCUUCAACUUCUAAGUAGGAGCGGGAGGGUGACUGCUUCUGAGUUAGAAGAGUUCGAGGAACAGGUUAAAUGUCUCAAGCUGCCACCUCCUAUAGUCAUGGACCCAGAGAAAGAGCCUUGCCCAGACCCUGAGUCUUCAUCCUCAAACACACACUUCCUGGACUUGACCAAUAAAUGGCAUAGGAUUUUCAGUGUGUUGGUCACAGCAAAUUUGCUCCAAGUAUUAAAUGAAACCUGGACCGAAAUAAGAGAGAAGGUCUGUGGUACUUGGGCGGACUGUGUCGGACCAUCUAGUGUAGACAUUGCCUUUCUGUGAAUAAAGCAUCACGAUGUGCCAAAUGGGCCUGACUGAUAUAAAUGGA